UGAUAAUGUUGCAACAACACGUUACCCGCACUAGGUAAACGUUGUUGUUAAAAUUUUAUCAAAAUAAUGUGGUCAGGUUUUCUAUAACAGUGUUCAGUACCGAUGCGGUAAAUCUUAUCAGUCGACUGAACACACAAGCCCAAAGUGAUAAAUUAAAUUCAGAGACAAAUUGAGGUGCGAUAAUAAUAAAAACAGAAAGCGCGUGUCUUGUGAUUUUACGCUUUAACAGUUGGCUUUGUUGACGAUAAUAUUCGGUGGUUCCACCUGCUCGUGGAUUUACAAAAUCCAACGUGCAAUGUUAGCUCAAAAGCAAGCUGAUAAAACCGCAGGGAAGGAAGGAAAGCAAGAUGUCGAAUACUACGGCUGAAGAAGCGAAGGAGAUUAGUAUUACUUCAUUUACCUCUGCUUUUAUUUUGAACUUGGUCAUUGGACUUAUAGGAUUCAUUGCAUUUUCGUUGAUUCGUCGUCGUUUCAAAUAUGUCUACUUGUCUAACUUUAUUAUUCAGACGACAAAACUGCUUUCAGAGUUGUCUGAGACACAAGUACAAAUUUGGAAUCGGUUAAAACUGUCAAAUUCUAUUUUCUCAUGGCUGACACCUUGCUUCAAACUAAGUGAUGAAGAAGUUUUUGAUCUCGUUGGCUUGGAUAUAUUUGUUUAUCUCAGAUUUGUUCGCUUAUGUUUAAAAUUUUUUGUCGUAAUUUUACCGUACGGUUUAUUGGUUCUCCUACCGCUUAAUAUCUAUGGAACUGCCAAUCUUAAAGGAAUGUCAAGUCUUUCUAUGGGAAAUAUAGAAUUGAAAUCUGAUAUAUACUGGGCACAUCUAGUUGGUGUAUGGGCUUAUUCUAUUAUUAUCUUCUUUAUGAUGUAUCGAGAGUGGCAAACAUUCACACACUACCGUCAGUUAUACCUGAGGAAAGGUUAUGAAGAACAAUAUAGUAUUCUGGUGACUGAUUUACCAGCAUAUGUAAGUAACACAUUCAGCAAACGAUUAACGAAUAUAUCUGGGGUCCGCCCCCCCAUCCCUGGAAAUUACUAGGCUUCCCUUGGAAAAAUUCUGACCAGUACAAGCAUGUGAAUAAUAUUUUCAUUUCUUAAUUGUAAAGAAAAUUGUAUAUCUUCCAAUGUUUUAAAUGCAGUUCUGGAUUCGUUUGUGAUUCGUUUUUUUAAAUGUUCUGGAUUCGUUUGUAGAGUUGUUAUGUAUUAUAUGCCUGGUUAUUUAAAAUCACUAAAACAUAUUAAAAGAGCCCCCCAACAGAAAAUGGCACUGUAUACCGACUCUUGAAUUUAAAGUAACGCAGGUAAAAUUGCUUGGGCCCCUCCUAGGAUUUUCUCGGCUCCCCUUGACUAGAAAUUCUGACUACGUCAUUGAUAACUGAAUUGUAUAUAGAGCUAACAUAUCGCGAAAAGUAUCCGAAUGAUCACAAUUUUAACGCCGUGGCAUACUAUGCAACGUUCCUCUCAAUGUUCCUCACUGUAAGAAGAAAAUCACGUAAAGCUGCAAUCAGGGCGCUGCAAUGUACCAUACUACCAUGCAAGCGUCGAACAUGGCAGCAUUUUUUAUGCAGGAGCGCGUAUAAUAAAAGGUUUCUGCAGGAACUCUGCAAGAUUCGACGAUUGCAUGGAAAGGUAUUUUACACCUUGCAAUUUAAAUUAAUUGUCUCGCAGUGAUAAUGCGAGACAAAGUAUAUGCAACACAUCCAUGUAGAUGCAAGAGUUGCAAGUGAAGAAAUCUUGGUUUGAAAUUAAGUUUAUCAAUUUGAGUGAUUGCUUUGCUAUUCACAAAAUUGCAUGGGAAUUCUUCACAAACAGUAAUCAUGUUGAAAAGUACAGUUACCGCGUUACCGCAUAAAAACACGCGGUCAAGGAUCAGAUAAACGUUUAAAUGAACUGAUUAAUUGAAAAAAACGCCAGAUAUUAACCAAUUUACAUACUGAUCCGAUUGUCACAUACGCGGCUGCUAUGUUUGUUUCUCUUGUUCGGUUGUUCCUAAUUAUAAACUGCUCAAUCCUUACUCAUUUCAACAUAGCCAUAGCUUUUUGAAAGUUUGCGAAUAAGUUCUAACAUAGCUAUCCUUUCUCAUUCGAACAUAGCCAUAGGUCAUCACAUACAUACAUGCAUCUAUACAGUAUCGUAUGAUGGCAGGUAAUUGCCAAUGUAUAUAUUUAUUUAUGAGGCCCUAUUUGAGGCCCUAUAAGGGUAAAUUCCGACGGGCGACAUUGCGGUGAAAUGAUCACAAGUAGCCUAAGACAUACGUCAUGAAAAUAAAACAGCUACAUACGUCAUGAACUCUGUCUAAAUUGUGACAGCAACAUGAAGAAGGUAGAAAACAAUAUAGUCUAGGACUUGUAUAUGAGUUUGUAUGCGUUUAUUUAGCACAGGUAAUCUCAACUGUUUUAGGGUAAAAUGACCAUGGCGGUCAACAUGGCAUAUGUGCCAAAACCUGAAUCCGGGACGAAAGUCCUGAAAAUGACCCCGCCCUGAAACGGCAGUGUCGACAUAGCUCUAACUUCCGAAAACAAAAAGCGAUAGUCUUUCCGAAGUGCUUAUAGUGUUUGAGAAGGGUUGCUUUUAAGGGUGGUCAUUGGAAGGAAAAAUUUGUCUAAGUAUAAUAUUUUACAAGAAAAUGACCAUGCAUCACCUCAGGUAAUUAUAAAUUGCUAAUUAUGCAUAAAAUAACUAAUAUGCCUGGCAGAAAUUAAAUAUUCUUAUUUCCUAAAAAAUUUAUCAUGGGGGUUUUUGAAGAAAAACUAUGCUUAAUUUAAUAUAAUUAUUGUGGAUUUCAUAAGGAUUGUCAUUGUUUUAUUUAAAUAUAAUACAUUUUAUUUCACUUACCCCCCACGAAAACACGAUUUCAGCCAUAUUUUGCCGUCUUGUUUGCUUUUUAUCGCCGAAUCUGGCAAAUAUCAUCCAGUUGUUGUACUUUUACAUAAUCAUAAAUGGCUGAAGAAGAUUUCAAAGAAGGUUUCAUCAAGUUUUGAAACAGUGCAGUGUAUUUUAUCUUCGAUAUUGUGUCCUUCGAUAUUUCGUCAAAUUGCCGCCAUUUUAAUGGCUCGCCGCUUCUCUGCCCGAUAAAUGCCACUUCUUCGUUUUCAUAUGUAUUUAGAUUACAUUAUCCAAGAGUACUUCAUUGUAGAAUAGUCCCAAUCCAAAAAUUGGAAAUAUUAUUUGUAUUUGGGAGGAAAAAACCUCCCAUAAUAGUUGUCCUGUCAGAAUUCAAAAGAAGUAAUUUAAAAGUCACGCGCAAGUUCGCGAAAACACCUCGUGGGUUACAUAACAGGGGGUGAAUAUUUUCACGAAACGUUUGUUCGCCACCACAGCAACCUAACUAAGUACAUUAUAUUUGUUGUAUUUUUGUGAUUUAUAAUAAAAACAAUAAAUAUUUGUGUAUUUUAUCAUCAAUUAUAAAAAUACAAAAAAUAUAAUACAUUUAGUUAGGUUACUGUGGUGGCAAACAAACGUUGCGUGAAAAUAUUCGCCCCCUGUCAAGUAGCACACGAGGUGUUUUCGCGAACUUGCGCGUGACUUUUAAAUUAGUAAAUUACUUCUUUUGAAUUCUGACAGGACAACUAUUAUGGGGCGUUGUGAAAACCCGGAAUGCCGGAAUAUCACGGAAUAUGCCGGAAUAUUACGGAAUAUGGCGGAAUAUCACGACACUUUCCCGGAAUAAUGGAAUAUCACAAUAUUUUCCGAUGGUAGCUAUGCGACUGUUUAUAAACAUGGACGUCUGACAACAUAUUUUAUUCCAAAAGUGAUGGAUCUUUCCCAUUUUAACGGUAAGUAACAAACAAUAAUUCUAUACUGGAAGUUUUAUAUGUUGUUUUAUAUAUCAUUAUUACGAGUGUUCACCAAAAAUUUUGAAUCAAUAUGAUUAAUUUCUCUUGAGUUACAGCGGCUUGAAAAACAAAAGUGCUGACGUCAGCAUUAUUUUCGAACUGUGUUAAUUUAAUAUCAUAGAAAUAAUAGACAGAACUUAAUAUUUCAAAUUCUAUCCCAAACUACAAAUACAAAAGUUUUAAUGAUGAAAAGUUUAUAGUUUUAGCUUUGUUUAUGGCUUGUAGUUUGCACUCCUGCUCAAAUUCAACAUGGAGGAUUUAUAAGGGCAUUUUUUUUUUCAAUUUGGACACCGGUCACGUGACCAAGCACGCAUUCUUGGUCUAAUAUUUCUAUGGUUAAUAUACACAAAAUUUAGUUAAAAUUGACCAUUUUAUACCACCAAGCAUUUACCCAAAUAUCAAUUUCUAAAAUAAAGGCAAGUUUGAGCCAGUUGUUUAUAUCAUGUUUAUAAUUUUUAACUAAAUUGUGUAUAUAACACAGUUCUGAAGGCGUUCGAAAAUAAUGCUGACGUCGGCACUUUUAUUUUUCAAGACGCUGUAACUACUCAGGAGGAAUUAAUCACAUUGAUUCAAAAUUUUUGGUGAACAAUCGUAAUGAUAUAAACAACAUAUAAAAUUUCCAGUAUAGAGUUAUUAUUUGUUACUUACCGUCAAAAUGGGAAAGAUCCAUCACUUUUGUAACAAAAUAUGUUGUCAAACGUCCAUGUUUAUAAACAGUCGCAUAGCUACCAUCGGAAAAUAUUGUGAUAUUCCGGGAAAGUGUCGUGAUAUUCCGUGAUAUUCCGCCAUAUUCCGUAAUAUUCCGGCAUAUUCCGUGAUAUUCCGCCAUAUUCCGUGAUAUUCCGGCAUUCCGGGUUUUCACAACGCCCACUAUUAUGGGAGGUUUUUUCCUCCCAAGUGCAAAUAAUGUUUUCAAUUUUUGGAUUGGGACUAUUCUACAAUGAAGUAUACUCUUGGAUAAUGUAAUCUAAAUACAUAUGAAGACGAAGAAGUGGUAUUUAUUGGGCAAAGAAGCGGCGAUCCAUUGCAAUGGCGCCAUAUUUCACGAAAUAUCUAAGGAUAUUGAAGAUAAAAUACACUGCACUGUUUCAAAACUUGAUGAAACUUUCUUUGAAAUCUUCUUCAGCCAUUUAUGAUUAUGUACUAGGAGUAUUCAUAGGUUAAAAGUGCGACCAAUGUAUAUUGCAUCACACUCCAUAACGAUAUAAAAAUUCUCCUUUUCUUGAUGCGGUGUCACAACAAGUAUAAUAAGUAUAUACACUGAUAUAUACAACGCGUUGUCCAAGUAUAAACAAUACAAUUCUAUUAUGUUCUACUUUAUUUUUUUGAUGCAAAAAUAUAAUUUUGAAUAUCAACAAGGUCAGGCCGAAAUAUAGAUUACAAGAAAGGGUCAUAAAUAACAAAUAACAACUAAAAUCUGAACAGCUAGUGCAACUGUAUAUAAACUCGGCAAACGGUCAUAGAUAUAAACAAAUAAAUAACUCAAUGCAACUGCUAGUGCAAAUCGAACUGCUAAAUAAAUUUUCAAAACUACACUAGCUAGACAACAAUUUUCGACAUUUAUUUGUUUUUUUGAGGUUUUUUUUUGCACAUUUGCCGAUGUUUUUUUGCACAACUGAUUUGCACAUGAAAUUAAUAAACAACUAUUAAAUCGAACUGCGCUAUACAAGUUUUCAAAACUACACUAGCGAUCACUAGCUAGAUAAUGGAUGCAAAAAGUUUAGUGCAUGAACAAAUAUAUAUAUAUAUAUAUAUAUAUAUAUAUAUAUUGUAAAUGAGUUAAAAUUUAAAAAACUAUCAGUUUUUAAUACCUGAAAGUUUAAAAGCUGGCUUUUCCUCUUUAAUAAUCACAAAACUGAACAAAGAAUGCAAAGAAUGCACGAAACAGCGCAAUCAGCACGAUUGCACAUUUGCACGAACUACGAAGGCAAAAUUUUCCAUGUGGCACGCCAUAUAUGGUCACGAGUUCCAUAUACGGAUAAAAUGAGCCCGCAAAGGGUGUUGAAUACACAUUCCAGCGGAAAAAGGUGUUGAACCAGUGAACUCUACUAAGACUUAGAGUCUUAUUAGAGUUCACUGUGUUGAACACAAUUUUUUCUCCCAUAUCUGAGAUUAGGAUGCUCCCAGCUCGCUCGCUGGUGCUCGCUCGCUGGUCGCAAAAAGUACAAUAAAAUGUAUUAUAUUUAAUGAAAAUAAUGACAAUCCUUAUAAAAUCCACAAUAAUUAUAUGCCAGGCAUAUUAGUUAUUUUAUGCAUAAUUAGCAAUUUACCUGGGGUGGUGCAUGGUCAUUUUCUUGUAAAAUAUUAUACUUAGACAAAUUUUUCCUUCCAAUGACCACCCCUAAAAGCAACCCUUCUAAACACUAUAUAAGCACUUCAGAAAGACUAUCGCUUUUUGUUUUCGGAAGUUAGAGCUAUGUCGACACUGCCGUUUCAGGGCGGGUCAUUUUCAGGACUUUUCGUCCCGGAUUCAGGUUUUGGCACAUAUGGUCAUUUUACCCUAAAACAGUUGAGAUUACCUGUGCUAAAUGAAACGCAUACAAACUCAUACACAGGUCCUAGACUAAUAAGGAAAUUCCAAAAGGGACAUAGCCUGCGAACAGGCUCUCAAGCUGAACUGAGAGCCUGCAUCGAUGACUAAUGAAUUUGAAUAUCUGCCCCGUAACGUUCGUUUUUCCAAAUAUGGAAUGUCUAUCCUUAUAUGGUGUUGUUUACAACUUUCGUGCAAACUAAAUUUAGACCGUGCAAACUAAAUUUAGAUCGUACAGUUUAUACUGUUUUUCGAAAUAUAAGAUAUUCAAGCAAAAGUUUAAAUGUUUUAAAUACUGUUUUCUCAAAACAGAACAUUUCGUGCUUUGAGGUAUUAAAGAUGGCCAAGACCAAUUUGAUCAGUUAAUAUGUUUUUUAUGCAUAGUGCUUCAGUUGACAUAUAUAGAGCUCAGCGGAAACAUAUAAAUUAUAGCAUCUGACCAAUGAGAAUUUCGCGUCACGAUUUGAGACGCAGAUAUUCAAAUUCAUUAGUCAUCGAUGCAGGCUCUCAAUUCAGCUUGAGAGCCUGUUCGCAGGCUAAAAGGGACAUGACAACGUUCACAAGUGGCGAUAUUGCAUGUUUUGAAAAACAGACGAGCCAUAUGCAUAGCCAACCUGAUAAGGCCCGAUAUAUAGAUUGGUUUAGCUACAAGCAUGUCGGUGGUCGACAUAAGUCGGAUUGACUCGUUAUCUAGUAUAUAACUGUGCGGUAGAUGAUAUAUUUAUAACAUUGUCUCAAGUACCCAAGUACCACAAUAGCUGAUAUGUGUGCAUGGAGUUGUUGUUAAUGCGUUUUUGCAGUGGAGCUUCUAAAUAUUGUCCCAUUAAGAAAUGUCACAUGAAAAUUGCAUUUCAAAAAUGUUACAUGAAAAUUACAGAAAUUUUAUACAUAACAACAAUUUUGACACUUCAUUUUAGCUUCGAAAUGACCAUAACCUUGAUGAGUUUUUGAAAAGUGUUUUUCCAGAAAAGGUAAGUGCUAUGAAUAUACGUAAGUGAAAAUUUUAUUUGUACUACCAGCAGGUGAAAUUGUAUCUAGGGACGUCGCGAAGACAUCAACAUUGGGGGGCUGUCGUCUUGUUUUGACCAACUUUUCCAAUACAAUUUUGACCAAAUCCUAAAAAAUCCAAAAAAAAUUUUGUUGACAGGGGGGGAGGUUGCUCAAAAACAUUUUUCCGGACCAACUAAGUAAAGCUGGAAUUUUUUUCCGGACUAACAUUAACAAAGCUGGAAAAUUUUUUCCGGACGAACAUAACCAAAUAUUAUAAAUUGUUUACUAACGAUUUCAUAACUUCCAAAUUUUACUAACUUUGUUCUCAAACUCUGACAAACUUUUGCCAUGUAAUUGUUUGACCUGCAACUUUGACCAAGUUUAACAAAAUAUUUUCCAUUUUGACCAACUAUUUGAAUUAUUGGGGGGGGGGGUGCUACCACCCCCCUGUAGCGACGUCCCUGUGUAUCCUGUAUGAUAUUUUCUGUGUGGGUGUUGUGUACUCAGGUGAAUAUGAUUGUUUGUGAUGUUACUCUGAGUGUAUAUCCACACCGGGCAAGCUUGAAAAAUAUGCCUGUCCACGCGGUGAUUACUAGAUUGAAAGAUUGAAAAUAUGCCUGUCAAUCAUGAUUACUAGAUUGCAUUGAUAUUGAAGGAACUAGACUCCGAAAUAUCACAUACUCAAACCGACCUGACCGCGUAGCUCAGUUGGCAGAGCAUUGGGCUAGUAUUCCAAAGGUUGUAGGUUCGAUUCCCACCGUGGUCAGGCAUAUUUUUCAAGCUUGCCCGGUGUGGAUAUACACUCAGAGUAACAUCACAAUCAAUCAAUUUCUAACCUGGGACUCCAAACAGUUUAACCGUAAAUAAUAUACACUAUGAAAGAUUGAAACUUUUCGACGUUCAUGUUGAGCGAAAAGCGGAAGACGUAUUCUCUACUAUACCUUUGAACGUACAUUUCGAAUUCUUUCCUGGAUGACGAAGUUCGUGCUUGAAACGUCGAAUUUCCAGGUAGAUCAUAGGUGGUCAAGUCAAAGAUAGUAAGAGUAAAAACAUGAAUAAUGAAUCAUUUACAUUGUGUCUAGGUUAUUUCAGUUCACGUAUUUAAAGCUGUGCCAAGUUGGACUGAUUUAAGUGAAGCUCACGAUGAUAUGGUUCGGAAAUAUGAACAUGCUGAGGUAAACUGCUAGUGUAAUGAUUGCCAGGCCAUAUUUCAUAAAUUAAUUUUUUAAUGACACAAUUAUUAUUUGAACUCUGAUCAUUAUUUUAUUUCUUAUAGGCUUUGUUUCAGCAAAACGGAAAAAGACCAUGUCACAAAAAGUUCAUUAUCAUUGGCACCAAAUAUGAUUCAAUUACAUUUUACGAAGACAGAUUAAAG